CUAAAUGUUAUUUGGAUGGUCAUCCCACUCUCCAAUGCCAACCAGCCUGAACAGGUCAUUUUGUAUCAAGCUGGACAGAUGUCUGAUGGCGCCCCACGUUUCCAUGGUAGAGUAGGAUUUACAGGCACAAUGCCAGCCACUAAUGUUUCAAUCUUCAUCAACAACACCCAACUGAUGGACACAGGCACAUACCAGUGCUUAGUCAAUAACCGCCCAGACACAGGUGGAAGGAAUAUUGGGGUCACUGGGCUUACCGUUUUAGUGCCCCCUUCUGUCCCACUCUGUCGCAUUCAAGGAUCCAAGGACAUAGGUAGUGAUGUCAUACUGAUCUGUAGUUCAGAAGAAGGCAUUCCCCGGCCAACAUAUCUCUGGGAAAAGUUGGAUAACAUCCCCAGGCUACCUCCAUCUGCUACACAAGACCAAAUCCAUGGAACAGUCACCCUCCGUAAUAUCAGCUCCGUUUCUUCUGGCUUAUACCAGUGCGUGGCUUCUAAUGCCAUUGGGACCAGCACUUGUCUUUUGGAUCUUCAGGUCAUUUCACCCCAGCCCAGGAGUAUUGGUGUCAUUGCUGGAGUUGUUAGUAGUGCUGCGAUUGUUGUCAUCCUUUGUCUUAUUUUGAUGCUUGUGGCAUUCUUUUACUGGAGAAGCAGAAAUAAAGAGGAAGAGGAGGAAGAGAUUCCUAAUGAGAUAAGGGAAGAUGACCUUCCACCAAAAUGCACUUCAUCUGCCAAAGCUUACCAUGCUGAGGUCUCGUCUUCAGAGAACAACACACUGACCUCUUCUAAUACUUACAAUAGUCGCUACUGGAACAACAACCCCAAAGUUCAUCACACCAUGGAGUCUUAUGGUCGCCCAGGGGACUUGCACCAGUCCUUCUCCCUCCACUCAGGCAGUGCCAAUAUACCAUCUAUCUAUGCCAAUGGAAGCCAUCUGGUCCCACCUUCAGUGAAAACUCUGGUUGUGACUGCCAACAAAGCACCCUCACCACAGGCCACGUCCAGGAGCAAUGGGUCCAUCAGCCGGAAGCCUCGGUCACAACACACACACUCCUAUGCCGUGAGCCAAACCACGCUAGAGAGAAUUGGUGCAGUGCCAGUCAUGGUGCCAGCCCAGAGCAGAGCAGGGUCACUAGUAUAGAGCUGAGAUAGUUCAGGAAAAGAAGAUAUCACUAUAGAAGGGGUAGAAUGCUGGAAAAGAGAUGGGUUUCCUCAUCUUCACAUGAGUUUUAAAAAAUGGAGUGGAAAGAGCUGGGCAUCACUCUGUCUUGGGAUUUGGAAAAAAAAUAAAAGGCAGGUAGAGAACCCCCAGCAUGAAGAUUCCAUUCUCCCCUGUGGAGUUCAUGAGGUUCUUAUUACAAAGUUGAAUCUCACAGAUGUGCCAAGUCCAGGGAAGAAGUACAGAGGGCAGGUAAAAUCCAACUUCCAGUCCAUAUGGGAUUAUUCUCUAAUCUUUAUCUAACUUACCUUUUUUUCUUUCUUAAAAAAAAAUGACCAGGUGGUGUCUGAAUAACGGAAACCACUUUGGAAGAAAGGUUCUUUUAAAGA